AUGGGUAUAUGUAAAUCAAAAUCGAAAGGCUCAAUUGAAUCUCAAUAGUAUGGGUCCUUUGCAUAAAUCCUAAAUCAAGGAUCAGAGAAGAUAAAUAUUGAAAAUUUGAUUAAAGAAAAAACACAAUCUCAAGAGUUAUUCAAUCCGUACCGAAACCCAAUUCUUAGCCGAAGGCUCAGAUAGACUCCAAAUUGA